AUGUCCUUCUCUUCCGGCAGAAAGAGUUCAUCAAAGAGACAAGAUCGAGGUGAGGAUGAUAAUGCUACAGAAUUCCAGAUAAAGAGGCAUGGCCCUGAGAAAGUGCCUGCAAGGUGUCAUUUUGAUACGAUUAGCGCGCAGGAAGUUGCUGAACGCAUUGGAGUACAUAUGACUACAUCGCUGCCGCCCUGCGAUAAGAUGUUUCCUUGGCUUCAUGGCUAUUCAACCUCUGCACCACCUGAAUACGAGGAUGCCAUUAGCAUAGUACGUGCCGAGCCGAUGUCCCGAAAGUGGAUUCAGAACUCAGGAAUAUUGAAAAGCUCACUAGAUCCUCAUGAAUUUAUGAUGACAUGGACGAAUGAUAAGAACUACUGCCAUCCCGAUAAGAAGGAAUCUGCUUUGAUUUUGAGGAAUUUGAUACUCCAGCAGCUUGCAAGCAUUUCUGAGGUACUAAGCGAUGAAGACAUAGAUGGCUGUGUCACGUUAUGCUUGAAGUACAAUAUCCUUCCAUUUCUCGCAACUGAUGCCUUUGCAAGACAGACGUAUGGGGCAAGGAAAAAAUGGAAGGUAUGCAACAGUUUUCAGCAGGGCAGCGGAAUAUCUGAUUAUAUGUCUUGUAGCUCCCGACAGCCUGGUGCGUUUAGGAGAUUCGAUAUCCAGCCCGCUAAGAUGGUCGAAAUGUCAUCUACCAUUGUAAUAUACAGUUUAUUAGAAAAAACUGAUGAUAAUGAUGUGAAAAAUCCGGAAGAUACCAGUCAGCAGUUGGCAACACUCAUAAUGUUGGCACUUAAAUUUGUGCAAAGAAACUACGGCUCCGAAGAUAACAUUCAGCAUAAUAUAAGGAUAUUAAGUUAUUCAUCACUAGAGGAAAUUCCUAUUGAACUAAUAGCGACACCUCCAAUUCCAACAAGUGCUCUAACCAAGCCCACACGGCAGCAACUGGUAUCACAGUUCGACGUGGUCUCUUUCAAUAAUUGGGACAGAGAUUUGUUAUAUCGAGAAAAACUCGAAAUUUCAAAGAUGUCCUCCGCAACUUGCAUUACUGAUGAUUCUUCAGUGUGGUUUGGCAACUCCACAGAUUAUCAAAUCUAUAAAAUGUUGGCUGAUAGCUUUCGGUCCAAUGAUAACAUUCAACCCCAUUCCACUUAUUAUUCAAUGAAAAAUUCAAUUGUUGACAUACCGUCCUUGGAGUAUAAUUUGAGUGACGAAGCAACUGUCGAUUCAAAGAUUUUCAAUAUACCAAACGCUUCGAAACGAUGGGCUUUAAUGUUAAGAUGCAGUGAAAACUCUGUGCCUCCAACACUAGAAAAGCUGUGGGAGACUUUGACAUUUCUUUUGGAAUGCAAUACUAAUAAACGAAUAGAGCUAGAUUUUCCAAGCUCUGGUACAAUAACGCUGGGCUCGCUAAAUAUUGAGUUUAUUAAAGUUAUUUUGAACACUUGUUUUGUCAUAUAUCAAAUAUCAAAAAAAACAAAUUUGGGAACUUUGGUUCACUGCUCAGAUGGAUAUACCGAGACAAGUUUCCUACUCGUAGCCUAUACAAUAUUCUUAAGGGAUUUGUCGUUGGACGACGCCCUUAUCGAAUUGCAUUUGAAAAAAGAACGUCCUUUCUUCCUUUUUCAUGUUGAUUUGCAAGUUCUGGGGCAUUUACAAACGCUGUUUCGUAAUUUCAGUCCUAGGAGGCCAGACAAUGCAAAAUAUUUUAGUUUUAAUGAGAGCGGAAAAUUCGAACCUUUGAGCAUUACAGCCGAAAUGUUCAGUAGAGUCUUUCUUUACAAGGUUCCGAUGGAGUCAGACCUUACUAAUUUGAAAGGACCCCUACCUUCGAGAAUAUUAUCGCAUCUCUAUUUGGGUUCACUUGAACAUGCUCAAUCACCAGCUCUUUUGAAAAAAUUAGGCAUCAAUUAUAUUGUUUCAGUAGGUGAAGUGCUAUCCUGGACAGACGGAUUCCAUGAAAAAACGACAGUACUAUCAACGUCAUCUCUCUCCGUAGCAAGUGUGGAUACUAUUACAAACAGCACAAAUAUUACGAUAGCCGCUGCAUUAGAAAAAAACGGUUUCAGCGACAGGAAAGACUCUUCUAUCGAGAUUCUUCAACAAGAUGGAUUUAAAAUUCUGAGAAUAAUGAAUUUGGGGGACAAUGGGAAAGAUACACUGACACAUCAAUUGGAAAAGAUCCUCGCUUUCAUUGAUGAAGGGUACAGCAAAAAAGGGAAAGUUUUAGUACAUUGCAUGGUCGGAGUUUCUCGAUCAGCGACGGUAUGUAUCGCAGAGUGUAUGGAAAGAUUGCACUGUGACAUACUGCGAGCAUAUUUGUUUGUUAGGGUGAGAAGACUCAAUAUAAUAAUUCAACCAAAUCUGAUGUUUAUGUAUGAGCUUUUGAAAUGGCAGGAAUUUCAAGGGGGGACAAGGAAUAUUGAUUGGCAUAUACUUUGCAGAUCUAUAUCAGAAUUAAACAAUAAUUAUAUAUAG